CCUUCGGCCGGCGCUGGUGCAGGAACUGGCGACGCUCACUCAGGCAGCGCAACCACUUGCAGGGACUUGGUGCAUCUUUUGCAAGCAAAGACAGCAACGGCAGCCCGCGCAACCCCUUCUAAACAUAAUGACUUUUGAAGAACUCACAGGCGACCAAAAAACGGACAGGAUGGAUGUGGUGGGGAAAGCUCUGGAAGAAGUUUUGUUCUCCGCGUUAGCGCAAGGCUGCAUCACAGUCGGAGUGUUUGAGGCAGCAAAACUCCUAAACGCGGAUUCAGACAACGUUGUUUUAUGUUUGCUUACCACGGAUGAGGGGGGUGACGUGGACGUGGCACUGCAAAUCCAUUUUACUCUGAUACAAGCUUUUUGCUGCGAAAAUGACAUUAACAUCAUGAGGGUGAACAACAUGCACCGUUUGGCCGAGAUCCUAGGCGGGGUGGAUGGGGAGGACGAACCCAAAGAUCUGCAUUGCAUAUUGGUUACAAGUCAAGCAGCACCAUGGAAAGACGGAGCACUGAACAAAGUGACUUGCUUUUGUAAAGAAAGCCGAUUCCUGGACCAGUGGGUCCCGAUUAUUAAUUUACCCGAACGUUGAAGAUCUUCUGAUGGAUUAAUCACAAAAUUGGAUUUAAGAAUUCCAUUCACUUCCAGCGGAGAUCUCCGGAGAUUAUCCGAAUAGCCGCCCGAAAUCUUGGCGCUGGGAAAUUAAGGUUGACUUUUGUUGCAGAGGGCGGGCGAGUCGACACGACUGGAGUUUCGGCUCUUGUGAAAUACUUUUCUCUGACGGCUGGACUAUGACUCAGCUUCAGUUUGUGCCUGGAACAGUGGCAAUGAGUAAGCAGACGGGAACUGAAGCAAAGCGUGAGCUGGUUUCAGAGCAGAGAGCAUCACAGUUUCCGGAAGAAUUACAACUUUCCAUUUCGGGAAAGAAAAUAAAAAAAGGAUGCUGCGCAGAUGGUGAAUCGACAUGUUUGGUUUCAUUUAGUUAUGAAAAUACCUUAUUGGUCAGCGAUAACAAGAUGUUCAGAAUCUGAAGGGAAGGUUUUUAAAAACGCAGACCUUUUAAUAUGUUUGGAAUUUUGUUUUAUAUCAACUGCAAGUAUGAAUUUCUUGCUGUCAUUUAAUUUCAUCCUCUUAAGUUAUUUCGUGAUUUAUAUCUGGACUUUAUAUUAUGUUGAAGUGAAUAGCUAUGGUUUAAAAAGUUAAUAAAAUAUUUCACUUUCACUGACCAUCUACUUAUUUUGCACUAACUGGAUUUUAGUUUAUUUAUCAGUGAAUUGUUUUAAUUUGACACUUAUCACACAGUGUAACAUGACUGAUUGUUCAUGUUCCAAGUACACCCCAUUUUCACUAGACCAUAUUUUAAAUUAUUUUUGAACUACACCAUUCCUGUAUAUCAAAGGAAUGUGCACUGAGGAAGUGGUUGAGUUCUCUGGCUGCCUAUUGCCAAGUUAAAACGAUGCAGAGUAUGUAG